UAUCCUUGUGGUUCCUGAAAGCAGUUAUGGCUCCAGCUAUCUUUCGGAAGAACCACUGGACAAAUCUUACGAUUUCAUCAGUAGCUGUGGAGUCAAUGGCUUCUAUAUCAACCCUGUAACAUCAUCCAAGUUCUGCCAGGACUCUGCCAUCUCAAUUUCUCUUUUUUACAACAACGGGGCUGAACCUUGCAAUUGUCAUGAGGCUGGUGCGAUUUCAAGCCAGUGUGAGCCAUUUGGGGGCCAGUGUGCGUGCAGGUCCAAUGUCAUUGGCCGAGAAUGUUCCCACUGUGCCACUGGAUAUUGGGGCUUCCCCAACUGCCGACCUUGUGACUGUGGACUUCGCCUGUGUGAUGAACUGACGGGACAGUGCAUCUGCCCACCGCGCACCAUUAGACCAGAGUGUGUGGUCUGUGAGCCCCAAACCUUUGGCUGUCACCCCCUGGUGGGCUGCGAGGACUGCAAUUGUUCUAGUUCUGGGAUCCAAGAUCAGACUGAACCAGGAUGUAAUAUAGAGAGUGGACAAUGCCAAUGCAAGCCCAACAUUAUAGGACGUCAAUGUGAUCUCUGUGCCCCAGGCUAUUAUGGCUACCCCAACUGCAGGGCUUGUGACUGCCAUGAAGCAGGAACCAAACCAAGUAUCUGUGAUCCAGUCACUGGAGAAUGUCACUGCAAGGAAAAUGUGGAAGGCCCAAGGUGUGAUCAGUGCCACUUGGGGACAUUCUCCCUCGAUGCCAGCAAUCCUAAAGGCUGCACCAAGUGUUUCUGUUUUGGGGCAACGGACCGCUGCCACAGUGCCGAGAAGUACCGUGUGGAGUUCAUUGACAUGAAUGGAUGGACUUUGCUGAGUGGAGACCGCCAGGGAGCCCCCACCUCAGUCAGCUUGGAAGAUGAGGUGGUUCAUGCUGAUCUUCGGCAUUUUCCAGAGGUUUUCCAAGAACUUUAUUGGCAUGCCCCCAAUUCGUAUCUUGGAGAUCAGGUCUCCUCCUAUGCUGGGUAUUUGAAGUAUGAGCUGCACUCAGACAUUCAGAGGGGUGAUGUCUUCAUACCGAUGGAAUCCCGAGCAGAUGUUAUCCUCAAGGGAAACCAGAUGAGUAUUAUGUUUGUUGAAGACUCCUAUCCCGCUCCUGGAGAGAUUUAUAAAGGACAGCUUCAACUGUUGGAGGGUAAUUUUAGACACACUGAGACACACAACCCAGUCUCCAGGGAAGAGCUGAUGAUGGUGCUGGCUAACUUGGAGCAGCUGCAGAUUCGGGCUCUCUUUUCCCCAAUUUCAUCCUCUGUGUCCCUGCAUCGGGUGAUCCUGGAGAGAACCACAGAGACCGGUGGAAGCAUCCAAGCCAGAAGUGUGGAGCUGUGUCUGUGCCCAGCCAAUUACAGAGGAGAUUCUUGCCAGGAAUGUGCUCCAGGCUAUUACAGAGACAUCAAGGGUCUCUUUCUAGGGAAAUGCAUUCCAUGUAACUGCAAUGGGCAUUCGGAUCAGUGCCUCCCAGGAUCUGGAAUAUGCCUUAAUUGCCAGCACAACACAGAAGGUGAUCACUGUGAAAGAUGUAAGGAUGGUUUUGUGGGGAACUCUUCACUUGAGAGACAUCUGCAAUGCAUAGGAUGUCCCUGUCCUCUUUCAGUUCCAUCUAACAACUUCGCCACUGGAUGCGUCUACAAAGGCUCUACCACGCAGUGUCUCUGCAAGCCUGGUUACGCUGGAGUUUCGUGUGAACGAUGUGCUCCAGGUUACUAUGGAAAUCCUCUCGUGAUUGGCAGUUCCUGCCAGCCCUGUGACUGCAGUGGCAAUGCUGACCCCAACAUGCUCUUCAGUGAUUGUAACACAUUGACAGGAGUCUGCACAGGGUGCAUGUACAACACUGCAGGGCCCCAAUGCGAACUUUGUGCCCCUGGGUUUUACGGCGAUGCUGUGGUAGCAAAGAACUGCACCGAGUGCAGCUGUCUGUCCUGUGGGACAGACUCAUGCGAUCCUAAAACUGGCCAGUGUCGGUGUAAGCCUGGAGUGACAGGUCAGAACUGUGAUCACUGUCAGGAAGGGCAUUACGGCUACGAAACAUGCUUGGGCUGCCACAGAUGCGACUGUGACAUUGGAUCUGUGAGCCCCAAUUGCCAUGCCCAGAAUGGCCAGUGUCAUUGCGGUCCAGGGGUCAGUGGUUCUCGUUGCCAACAGUGCAGCCCUGGAUACUGGGGGCUCAGUGCAGACGGCUGCUCGAAAUGCCAGUGUAAAGGAGGUUCCUGCAACCCCCGCACUGGUGAGUGCACCUGCUCCAAUGGCUUGACAGGGAAGCAAUGUGACACCUGUAUAAAGAAGCAUGAGAUCCCCGUGGUGGAUGGUCCAGACAACAUGAGAUGUGAAGCUUGUGAUAGCUGUGUGCUGCUCUUGCUAGAAGAUCUCCAGAAGAUUGAAAGUGACUUCCCUGCCCUCAAACAUCAGUUGUCAAGUCUCAAUACCACCUCAAUUGCAUGGGCCCGCCUGCACAGCAUCAAUGGUUCUAUGCAAGCCGUUAUUAACCAGGUGCGUGAGUAUCAGAGAUCUAUAUAUAGGGUGAGGCAACAUGCUGACGAGCUGGAAGAGGAGAACACUGAUUUUGUUCAGGACCUGAAUGCACUUCACCACAAGGCAACAAUGACCCACAGAAAAGCAAACCAUCUCACGGAUAGCACGCAGGAGACCUAUCAGCAAGCAGAGAGCCUUGUUCUGAAUAUCACUAAAAUUCAGAGAAAAAUUAACGAUCUCAUGCACCAGAUGGACACUUUUACCACUGCCAAUGCUAGUACUACCUCUGCAGAGGAGUUUCGGCAGAAGAUAGCUGAGGUAGAUGCAAUGCUGAGGCACAUGAAAGCCACAGAUUUUAGCUUCCAGAAAACCAUUGCUGUUGGGGAGCGUGAUGAAGCUCAGAAUUUGCUGAAUCGGGUGAAGAUUGAGCUUUUCAACAAGUUGGAGGCCAACCAACAACUGGUAAAUCAAAUCAAUGACCAGUUGGAUCAGUACAGUUCAGAUUUGAUGGACCUACGAGAUGCCCUGAACGAAGCGGUGAAUAAAACCCGACAGACAGAGGAUCUCAACAGCCUGAAUCGUAAUCAUCUAGAGGAAACCCAGCAAAAGAGCAAGGAGAUGGAGAAACAGUAUGUCACAAUCCAAACCACUUUGAGAAUGGCUAAAGGCUCCUUGGGGAAGAUCUCAGAAUUUCUGCAGACCAUUAUAAAUGCUAAAGAUGAAUCAGAGAAAUUACUAGCUCAGCUAGAUGGAGCCAGAUAUCCCCUAUCAGAGAAGGCUAAGGAGUACACUUUGGCUAGCAACAAGAUCCAGAAGGUUGAGUUGGCAGAGGAGCAUGCAAAACUUCUAGAUGAACUGGCACGGAAUCUCUCCAGCAUUAUCCAUGGCACAAACCAGGAUGGUUUUAUUCAGAGAGCCAUCAAUGCCUCCAAUGCCUAUGCCAGCAUCAUUGAGGCGGUAAAGAACGCAGAGGAGGCAGCCCUCAAAGCCAGUCAUGCUUCUGAUGAAGCCUUGAAGAAUGUCAUCAAACAUAAUCUUGGAGCCAGAGCAAAAGAGAUGAAGAAAAAUAGCAGUGCUUUAGAGGAAGCUGUGAAGGAAGAGCAGAGGAAGCUCAGUGGAGUCAUCAAGGGAGCAUUGGAAGCAGCCCAAAACAGAUUGGCUGGUAUCCAAACAAAGAAGGAACAACUCCUGAACCAGCUGAAUUCAGCGAAGAACAAGUUGAACAUGAUCCAUGACGGUGCAGCAGAGAAAAUUCAGAAGGCCCAAGACGCCGCCUUAAAGGCCAAUGAGACAGUGGCCGCAAUGGAAGGACAACUGAGUGACAUGAAAAAAAACCUAGAUGAGUGGAAGGAACAGUAUGGAGACCUGAAAAGUGAAGAUUUGAAUCAAGCUGCCCGUGAUGCCAAGAAUACUGUCUCAAGUCUUGAAAGCACCCUUCCAGUCCUCCUGGGAAAGCUGACCAGUCUGGAAAACAGAAGAAGCCACAACGCAACUGUUUUGGACAAUAUUCUACGAGUGCGCCAACUGAUCUCGUUGGCCCGGAAUGCUGUCAGUAAGAUUAAAGUUCCAGUGAAGUUCAAUGGCACUUCUGGUGUACAAGUCCGGACUCCCAGCAAUCUCCAAGAUUUGGCUGCCUAUACAUCCCUCAAAUUCUAUAUUCAGAACCCAUACUCCAAAGUGAGAGAGAAACAACAAAAUGAGGAUGGGUCUGGACGCUUUGUGUUGUACCUGGGACAAAAGGAUGCCACUGGUGACUACAUGGGCAUAAUCCUGAAAGACCGCAAAGUAGAAUGGAUCUACAAACUAGGAGAUGAGGAACCAGCACAUUUAGUAGUUGAUGAAGAAAUUGGAGAACAGUUUGCUACUGUCAGCAUCAACAGGAUCUUGCAGUAUGGACACAUGUCUGUGACAGUGGAGAAGCAAACCUUGCAUGAGACCAAGGGGGACAGCGUUGCCAAAGGAGAACAUGGAUUGUUCAACUUCAAGCCACAUAACACUGUUUUGUACGUGGGUGGCUACCCUUCCAGCUUCACGCCCCCUAAACCUCUGCGGUAUCCUAACUACCGAGGCUGUAUAGAGAUGGAUUCCCUCAAUGAAGAGGUGAUGAGUUUGUACAACUUCCAGCGUACUUUCCAUCUGGACACUGCGGCAGAGAGACCUUGCACGAGAUCUAAAUCCACGGGUGAUCCCUGGCUGACUGACGGCUCCUAUUUUGAUGGUACUGGAUAUGCGGAAAUCACCUUUGAGAGCCAGAUUGGCUCAAUCAAACGCUUUGAGCAGGAGAUGCGGCUGGUGUCCUACCACGGGAUCAUUUUCUUCUUGAAACAUCAGAAUCAACUGCUGUGUUUGGCUAUUCAAGACGGAAAGCUAGUGCUGUACUAUGACUUCAGUGGAGGUCUGAAGAUGGCGCCCCCUUCAAAGGAUCGUGCCACCCUGAUAGUCAGCAACAACACAAAUAAAGCGAUCCAGCUAUUUCUCCACAAAAUGGGUUCCAAGGAUCGUGUUUUGGUCCGUCUGGAACAAUCUACUGUCUUCAUGAUUGAGCAAGAAAACAUUUUGUAUGGUGCCACCUCCUAUUAUUUAGGGGGGGUGCCCAGCUCCAUCUUGCCUGAAAGCCUGAAGAAAAUAUUCCCCAAAGGUGGCUCCAUUAGAGGUUGCAUGAAAGGACUGAAAGCUCUCGGCAAAUAUGUUGACUUAAAACGUAUGAACACCAUUGGAGUGAGUUAUGGGUGUACCUUGGAUCUCCUGGUGGCUCGCUCAGUUAAAUUUCAUGGCUCUGGCUACUUGACUCUGUCACUGAAGAAUGUCCCCUCUUUACAAGACUUCUAUACUGGUUUUAGCUUCCGUACCAGUCAGAGUCACGGCUUGCUGUAUCACCAUGCUACAAAGGAAGGGUGGUGCCAGGUUUCUUUGCAAGAUGGCCAUGUGGCUCUCGAUGUCCUGUCCACAGAGCUUACCACAAAGAAUGCCUAUGCUGAUGAUACGAGCCACUAUGUGGCUGUCUACAGCGAUUCUGCAGGGGUCCGGAUGUAUGUAGAUGAUCAGCUUCAGGAAUCAACAGCAGGGUCUGAUCGACGGAGGAGGCAGAAACGUCAAGCUGAGUUGGCUGUUUUUCACCUGGGCGGUUGGCCCAAGACCAGCGAGAUUGGCAACCUUACAGGCUGCAUUAGCAAUGUCUUCAUCAGGAGGAGAUCAGAAGCCCAGGCAGUUGUGGAUCUACAGCAGAGCACUGAGAAUUUCAAUGUGACCAUGAACUGUCCCAGGGAUCGGCAACCCCAGCAGAUGAGAGCACCAGAAAAGAAGGGCAGGUGGAAAACAAAGGUAUCAAGCAAGGCAAUGCUGAAAGACACAAAUUGCCACCUGCUCAAAAAUCCCAAAGCCAUUAAAGAUGCCUUCCAGUUUGGUGGAUCCCCUGUCAGCCGUUUUGAGUUCAAUGAAAUACCAGCAAUGUUCCAAGAAAGGUUCCAUUUCUCCAUGGAGGUUAGAUUGAACGCCUCCAAUGGCCUGCUGUUCUACAUGGCUAAUGAAUCUCUGGGCUCCUUCUUCUCCCUUUUUGUCUCCAAUGGACGCUUGGUCCUUUUGGCUGAUUUCAGUGGACAUAAAGUGAGACUCCGGACCAAAGAAAAGUACCACGAUGGAAGAUGGCACACAGUCUUCUACAGCAGAGAUAGGAAUAGAGUUCAGCUGGUCGUUGAUGGACUGAGAUCCUUGGAGAAGUUGCUGCCAACCACUGUCAACUUUGGGAUCUCUGGCCCCUUUUAUGUGGGUGGAGCACCAGUGGCAAAAGCUAAGGCUCAUAUACCAGAUGCUUCCGCUACCAGCUUUAAGGGUUGCCUCAGGCACCUAAAACUUGACAAAAAGCCUCUAAAUUCACCAUCCCGUGUGUUCGCUGUGACCCCUUGUUACGUGGGCCCUUUGGAAACCGGCAUUUUUUUCUCUGUUGAGGGAGGAUACAUCACACUAGAUAGGUCUGUAGCUAUAGGUCAAGACUUUGAGAUGAUGCUGGAGAUCCGGCCACGGAGUACAUCUGGCCUGAUAUUUCAUGUAGGAAGGCAGACAAAUUAUCUCAGGCUAUCUACUGAGAGCCAAAAGGUUACAGUGACCGCAAAUACAGGAGCAGGAGAGUUCUCCACUUCUGUGGCCCAACCUUCCCUCUGUGAUGGCCAAUGGCAUACAAUAGCAGUCAUCAAAGAAAGCAACAUGAUCCAACUGAAUGUGGAUACUGAAGGAAAUUACACAGUGGGCCCAAAUGAUGCCCAUGCUACUUCGGUCAAAGAAAACAUUUAUCUUGGUGGAAUGCCAGAACUCACUUCACCAUCACAUCUGGGGCAUCCUCCCUCUUUUGUGGGCUGCAUGAAGAAUUUGGUGAUCAACCAAAACCAAAUCGACAUCAGGCAAGCUGGGACAACCAGGGGCUCAGUGGGGCUCAGAGGGUGCCCAACUGUGUAAACAAGUUUCUAAGUGUGUAAAAUCAGAACCACAGAGAGGUUCACCAUCCUCCAGGAAGCCAGUGGACUUCAUGAGGCAUCUCCUUGCCACUGAAAACACCAUGUUCAGUAUCAACAGUGUAUAUAUGGCAGAGGAAGGGGUGUAGUGUGGUUAUCAGCUGUGUUAGCCAAUUUGUAAUAUAUUUGCACAUUUCUUCCAGUAUAUUGGCAGUAGGGUAUUUUGAAUAGUGCACAUGGUGUGCACUUUGUACAAGUAUUUAUAACAGGUGUUAGAAAGCUAAGGUGUUCUUUCACAAGCGAGAUAAGUCACAGUGGUGCUUUAAGCAACUAUUUCAAGCUGCCCAAGAACCAAUUAUUUAAGCGUAUCUGUAUAUAUAUGUUUGAUCACCACAGUUGUUCUAAUCAUUUUCCAGAGACUGUUCUCUUAAUUUUUAUAUGGGGGAAUGACAAAAUGUCUGCAGGGGGAAGAAGCUGAGACAUUACAAAGGCACAUAUAUUCCAUUUUCCAGCAGAUAAAAAUUACAUCUGAAAAAUAGUGAUUUGUCUUUCCCAACUUCCCUAAACUUAUCAAGGAAUGUAUUAGACAUCACUUAAUAACUAGGCUUAUACAUCACGUGCGUUAUAAUUAACAUAGAUUUGGGGUACUUGGUGGUUCAGCGUUGUGAAGACCUAGCCAAUCUAAUGUUCAGCCAUAAUGUGGUUUGCUUAAUAGCAUGACACAUAUACACAGGCUGGGCCUAGGACUUAAGUGUGUUUUGUGACUCCAGGCAAGAUAGGAACGCUUCCCACAUUAAGUGCUAUUACGGCAGCCUGUAUUUCAGCGACAGUAUUUUUUUAAAGGAAAACAUGGCUUCACUUAAGGUGGCAUCCUCAGCUCCUUUUGGAAAAGAAAACAGUCUCUUCACUCUUACUCCACCAUGUUCUUCAGUUCUAAUAUCCCAACUUCCCUUGCAAUCAACUAACUUCAUCUGCUCCUCAGUACCAGUCUAUGGUUCACUUGUGCAUUUAGAAACAGCCUUGUAUGUUUAUGUGUGUAUAUAUAUAUAUGUAUAUCUCAUCACAUUGGGUAAGAUAGUUCUAAAAAGAAUUUUAUUACUUAUCAGUAUAUUGGUUAUUUUAAUGCUGGGGUACAUAUUGAAAAAUGGAUUUUAACUCACCUUGAAUUUUCUUUAAGCGAAUUACUUCUUUGGGGGCUGAAUAAUGAAAGAAUAUUUCUGUAUAUCACUGCUACAUACUUCCAAUAAAAUUUUCUGAUCUAGACUUUGUAA